UGUGCGUCGCGGUGCGUCUGUGUGCGUCGCGGUGCCCGUUAACCCGCUGCUGGGUGACGUGGACCCGGUCCUUGUGUCGGUGCGGAGGUAUUCCUCCUCCUUCUCCUCCUCAUUCCGCUUUCCUGCUGACCGGAUCAUCUGUCAACAUGUAGGAAAACUCGGUGUGCAGUGACUGUCCCUUCUCGCCCCCUGCUCUACCUACCGGCCGUAGGGCCCCUGAACUCAGAUCGCUGCCCCUGAACCCAUGGCUUGUGGCCCCUCAUCGCUGGCCACAGGCCCCCGGGCCGGACCGGUCCAGUCCCUCCUGGGCCCCGCGCUGCUGGUCUUACUUGUGUCAGGACUGGCACCAGCGUUCUGCCAGAAGAUCUACACCAACACCUGGGCCGUCCAGAUCCCUGGAGGCCAGGAGGUCGCCGAGCAGGUGGCCAGCAAGCACAGCUUCGUCAACCUGGGCCACGUAUUCGAUGAUAUCUAUCACUUCAAACAUCGCACAGUGGAGAAGAGAUCCCUCUCCAACCACCGGGGAACGCAUGUCCGCCUGCACAGAGAACCCAAGGUGGUGUGGGCUGAGCAGCAGGUGGUCAAACAGCGACGGAAGCGGGACGUUUACACAGAGCCGUCAGACCCAAAGUUCAGAGACCAGUGGUACCUGAACAACGCCAACCACCGCGACCUGAACGUGAAGGGCGCCUGGGAGCUGGGCUUCACCGGGAAGGGGGUGGUGGUUUCUAUUCUGGACGACGGCAUCGAGCUGAACCACCCCGACUUGGCACAAAACUAUGACCCUGAUGCGAGCUAUGACGUCAACGACGGGGAUCCAGACCCCCAGCCUCGUUACACACAGCUGGACGACAAUCGGCACGGGACGCGUUGUGCAGGAGAGGUCGCAGCUGUGGCUGACAAUGGAAUAUGCGGCGUUGGCGUGGCUUAUAAUGCAAAGAUCGGAGGUGUGCGCAUGCUGGACGGGGAGGUGACGGAUGUGGUGGAGGCCCAGUCCCUCAGCCUGAACCCGCAGCACAUCCAUGUGUACAGCGCCUCCUGGGGGCCAGAGGACGAUGGCAAGACGGUGGACGGCCCCGCCAAGCUGGCCAAGGACGCCUUCCUGCGCGGCGUCACAGAGGGCCGCGGCGGUCUUGGCUCCAUCUUCGUGUGGGCGUCGGGGAACGGCGGGCGGGAGAAGGACAGCUGCAACUGCGACGGCUACACGGACAGCAUCUACACGCUGUCCAUCAGCAGCUCCACCCAGAACGGCAACGUGCCGUGGUACAGCGAGGCCUGCUCCUCCACCCUGGCCACCACCUACAGCUCGGGGAACCUCAACGAGAAGCAGAUUAUCACCACAGACCUGAAGUCGAAGUGCACCGACUCCCACACGGGGACGUCGGCCUCCGCCCCGCUGGCCGCCGGCAUCAUCGCCCUCGCCCUGGAGGCCAACACCAACCUGACCUGGAGGGACAUGCAGCACCUGGUGGUCCGCACCUCCCACCCCGCCCACCUGCUCACCAACGACUGGAAGACCAACGGGGUCGGACGCAGAGUGAGCCACUCGUACGGCUAUGGCCUGCUGGACGCCAGCGCCAUGGUGACGCUCGCCAGGAACUGGACCAGCGUGGGCCCGCAGCAGAAGUGUGUCCUGUCCAUGGUCUCAGUACCCAGGAACAUCGGCACCCACCUGGUCAUCAAGAAGAGCGUGGACGGCUGCCUGGGGACGGCCAAUCACGUGAGCUCUCUGGAGCACGUGCAGGCCCAGCUUACCCUGUCCUACAAUCGCCGCGGCAACCUGGCCAUCCACCUCACCUCCCCCUCUGGCACCCGUUCCACGCUGCUGGCCCCAAGGCCCCAUGACUACUCCUCAGAGGGCUUCAACGACUGGGCCUUCAUGACCACGCACUCCUGGGACGAGCGGCCCAGCGGAGAGUGGACCCUGGAGAUCGAGAACCAGGCGGGGGUCAGCGACUACGGGACCCUGACCCAGUUCACCCUGGUGCUGUACGGGACCGGUCAGGCCUGGCCCAGCCCCUCAGACGCAGACCUGGUCCCGCCGGUCAGCCGGAGCUGCAAGACCCUGGACCUCAGGCAGAUCUGCAUCGAAUGCACGGCGGGCUACUUCCUGUUCCAGCAGUCGUGCGUGACGGAGUGCCCUCCCGGGUUCAGCGCGGGCCUGCUGCCCCUGAACUACACUGUGGGCAACGGGGUGGAGCCGGCCCAGGUGCCCAGCUGCCUGCCCUGCCGGCCGCCCUGCCUGACCUGCAGCGGCCUCAGCCCGCGGGCCUGCCUGUCCUGCCCCACCCACUCCCACCUGGACGCCGCCGCCGGCUCCUGCACGCACCUCAACCAGUUUGAGCGGGAGACGCCUGACGGCUUCAUGGAGGGGCCGCGGCCCCCUGCCUCGCGGCUGCCCGCCGCCGUGGCGGCGCUGAGCUGCGUGGGCAUCAUGGCCACCUUCGGCGGCGUGUUCCUGGCGCUGCAGCUGCGCUCCGGCCCCCUGCGGUUGCCGCUGGGCCUGGGGGGCGGGGCGCGGCGCGCGGCGUCCUACCACGGCAUCCCCACCAUGUGGGGCGACGACGCGCUGAGCUCGGACUCGGACAACGACGACUUUGGCUUCGGUGGCGAGAGGAAAGCCUUCGUCAAAACGCAAAGUGCUAUUUAGUGACCCUGCCCCCCUGGUGGGCCCGCCCCCUGGUGUCCCGCCCCCUCCCCCCUGGUGUCCCUCCCCCAGGUGUCCCGCCCCCUCCCCCCUGGUGUCCCUCCCCCAGGUGUCCCGCCCCCUCCCCCCUGGUGUCCCUCCCCCUGGUGUCCCGCCCUACCUGUACUGCUUUUACAAUUCAGUUAACCUCCUCUCUUUUGGGGGCUCUUGUUUUUGAUAAUCAGGGCUGUGCUGUCUAUUCACUGUCUCUUCCUGCUCUUCCUCCUCCUCCCCCCCUCCCUGGUGUGUCUGACCCAGAGGCUGCCUUCAGCUCUUCCUGUUCACACUUGGGUUAUUUUCUGUUAACCCGGUUCCCGCCUGACCCGCCCCCGUCCCCGGAGAGUCGGUCCUGAGACUGGGGGCUGAGUGACAUCACAGCGCUGACCUCCUCUGAGGCUGCGCCUCCUCCUUCCGGCCUAAAAGCAGUGUGUGUGUGUGUGUGUGUGUGUGUGUGUGUGUGUGUGUGUGUGUGUGUGUGUGUGUGUGUGUGUGUGUGUGUGUGUGUGUGUGUGUGUGUGUGUGUGUGUGUUCAAAGUACGAUCAUAGAAAGAGAAUGGUAGUAGAUGAUUUAUAUAUAGAUCUCUAUGUGUAUGUACAGAAAUCUCAUUUCAAAAUCUAAUUUCUGAAUCUCAGCUGCUCACAGACUUUAUAAACUUAACUGGUUUACACGAGGAGCCGGUCUGAGAGGGCUGUGAUCCACGACCCUCUGAACGCCGCCCACUCAGCCCUUGUGUUCCCGAGUCUGAGUUCAUCCUCAGAGCCAAUCAGAGAGCAGAGUCUGCGUGUGGCUAUGCGUCGUCUUCCUCUGCGGGGCGGGGGUCCUGCUAACCAGGAGGUCCCCGCCCUCACAGCACAAACCUCCCGGGGGCCGUGCAGCUCUGAGCUCUGUGAUUUGUCUAACUGGGAGGUGGGUCGUCAACACGCGGUGAACGUCUGGUCUUCAUCCCCCUCCUCCUCAGCCAGCAAAGGACCACCGUAACAACGUGGCUCAUCCCGGAGACCCUCUAGCAAUAUCUCAACAUCGGCUUCUCCGUCUCCCGAAGAGGUCCAGUGUGGAACCAUAGGAUUCAUUCAUCUGUAUGUUCUGCAAUGAGGCAGAGCCAUGGCCGGUUGUCAUGGUGAUGACCUGCAACAUGCUCCUCAUCCUCAUCUACCUCUGAGGAAGAGCAGCGCCGAUCGUCAGUGGUGGUCCUACCAGUCUGGGAGGGUCUGCAGGACUUGGAGUCUAAUUUAAAUAUGUUUAAAUAAGUUGUUUAUUCUACAAAUUUACUUGGUUUCACAUUUGUCUUCCAAAUGUUUGUUUUAUUGGUUCAUGAUUAUUAUUAUUUUGUUUAAAGGCAAACCUAAAUCUUAUUCCAUGUGAUUGGUCGAUGAAACGUCGAGUUGAGGCAUGGUUCUGGAACGAGCGUUCAGAACGAGUUCUCCUCCGACGCUCGAUUGAACCGCAGGGUUUAAUAUUUACUACGUUCUGCUCCGCAAUCGGUUGACAAUCACUUCGGGUUUUCUAUUUGGGGGGUCGGGACUUUAGUUUGAACGUUGUACAACGAUGUUAGUUUAAUUUAAAGCAUUAAUUCCUUUCUUUGGAAAGGGCUCCGUCUGUAGAGAUUAUAAUCAGAUAAAAAUUGCAAUGCCACGUUUAGAAAAUCAUACAAAUGUAGGACUUAAACAAGGGGAAGUAAAUGUCAGUUUGUUCUUGACUGUUAGAACUACAACCCGUCUAGAGGCAGAAUAACGAACACGUACUUGUGUUCUUGUCCACUAGGAGGCGAGCAGGAGCGUCGUGUGAUCAUCUUAGUGCCUGAUUCCAUCCCGGCUAUCCCACCAGUCAACAGUGAUUUUCUAAGUCGUUGAGCACACACCUUUAUAUUGGAUACUACACUACAUUAUGAUAAUCAUUUGACUAAAUAUGCACAGCGCAGCUACUUCAACUAAACACAUGUCAUUCUUCAUUUUUUAAUAUAGCCUACAAUGUAAACAUCGACGCAUUUCCACUUUUCUUUAUUUGGUUUGACCCCAUCGAUUCACCAGGAAUUCAGAAACUCCAAAAAGUACUGAAUUUCAAGAACCUUCAAGUGUGGAGGAUUGAAAAGUUUGAAAUGCUGUUCAUGAAUAUUUCAGAAAGACUCUGAGCAUAUUGUACAGUAAAGAACAGGUUAUACAGUGCCUACCAUACAGGUGAGGAACCCUCAUCGGCUCUCUGUCCCAGUGCAGAUCAGGAUUAUUGAUUAUUUGUGAAUAAUGAAAUCUGCGCGUGGUACCAAAGAGGAACUCAUUGACGGGUGAACUCCUGCUGUGAGGCGGUUGUCAUGGUCCCACCGUUCAGUUCUGCUGCUGGUUGAACCGUUCUUCUGCGAGCGGCUGCUCUCUGAAGACCUGAGGUCGCGUCUCUCCAGCGCCCAGCACGUGGUCAGAAUGUAUCGCCGCCGUGAUUAAGGGCUCAGCGGAGCCACGUGGGCGGCGCGGUGAACCGCAGGGCUGAUGGUACUCGAUUGUGACCCGCUGGGACCCUCGGGGCCGCAUACCCCCCCCCCGGCCCCUGAUAAUCCUAUAGAGGACCUCCGUGGAUCAGAGCUCAAACCAGGCCUAUUUUUGUACUCUAUGAACCGUUCAGUGUCAUUUUCUUGUAAUUUAAUGCUUUUUUUUGCUCUUAUUUUUCCUCUGUUUUAUUUAAUUGAUGUCAAUUAUAGAUUCUACUAAAAAAAUAAAGAUCUAUGCAAAUUU